UAUUUUCUGCAUAUCUUUAUUGAUUCUUUUCUGUCUCUUUCAUGUUUGGGUUCAUGGAGGGGAAAAGGUACUAGUCUUGGUUGGUUGGACUUUUGAUAGUGGGAGAGAGAGAGGAAAAUCAGAUUAUUAUACCAACGGAGAAAAGGGGUGACAUAAUUUUUCUUUUGAGGCGUAGCAGUGAAAGGAUUCUCUCUCGUUGUUAUUGUGUUUUCGCCUCUGACUUUCAUCCGGGCCUAUUUCUUUUUCUUUUCUGACUGAAAAGCUGAGACCUUACGAGAUUUGCGCUCUCCAGGUUUAUGCUCUUUUUUCUCAGAUGUUAAUUGUGCAGGAGUGGAGCCUCUGAUUAUGAAUUACUAAAGGUAAAAACAUAAAGUGGCUUAUAUCUGCUCUAUCAUUAUUCUGUGGCUGCUCGUCAACUGAAGGAUGAUAAUGAUGUCCAGUCUUAAUUGAUAGUCUUUACACACUUCAGCUUGAUCGCUAAAGGUUGCUAACAGAUCAGCUGCAAAGAGACUUAUGGCUGACCGGAAGGCUGCAACAAGUCAAGCUAAUUUGUUUCCUGAAAGCAAGGAGAUCAAAUAUUAUGCUACCCAAGAUUGUACAGGAGGAAAUCAUGUAGGAAACAUGAAACAAGAGAUUUCAACAUCAAGAGUAUCUGGUGAACAAGUUUCUGAAUCAGUGUCUACUGGCAAGAAACAAGGAUCAACUCUAGUCUUUGAGGGUAAUUCAAAGUAUCACGAUCCUGAUAUGCAAUCAUCAGGCGCCAUUGCUUCUACAUGGACUACACCAGUAAAAAGUGAUAUUAGCACAGAGGUAAGUUUACCCCUUGGCCACGGAAGUUUUGAAAUGGAGGCCAGGAAAAAACAUCAUGGGAAUGCUGCUGAGGAUAGCUUACAUGCAUUGACACAUGACUCUCAACAUAGGACUGAAUCUUCAUGUUCGAAUUCUUUCUCUGUGGUCCUUCCAUUUUCUUUAUCAAAUAACAGCUGCCAAGAUAUCUCGAAAGAAGCUUAUUCGUCCUGGAACUAUGUGAGUUCCAUGGAUAGUUCUAACUCUAAAGCCUUUGACCGCAGAUCAGAAGAACCAGUAACAGCCAGUUAUGAAUCAGGUGUAUCUGGUCAAAUUGCUCGUAAGGCUAUAAGAAACGCAAGAGCCAGGAAUAGUAUGAUGAUUUCUUCAAUAGUUGGAAGUCAGAGCUCAUUGCCUUUCAAGAAGGGAGACGAAGAGAUUUCUCGUGAGUGGCGUCAUGCGGCGGCAAAACGUGAGGAUGGUGUGGAAGUUCUGAAACAGCCUGACAUGUACAAAUGGGUCUCAGGAAACACCUCUUCCAUCGAAGAGGAACAUGCUGGGACAGUUGAGAAAAGUUCUAUUUGUUCUGGUAAUUCAGAUAAUUUCAAUUGCUCAAGCAAAACUGUGGAGAAUAUAAGAUCAUGUGAUGAACAUGAUAAUCUCCAAACCACUUACUCAGGAGAAAGACUGAUAAAUUCAGGAACAUCAGAGGAAAGCGAGAAUAUUUUGGCCAUUAAAGGCAAACCAGUAAAGAUGAGUCCUGAAAUGAUGGGCAAGUUCAAGGGGGAUUCUUGGGCAAAUGAAUCUUCAGAGUCCUCAAUAAUGAAAUAUAGUGAAGUUGCUGCGAAAGAUCAGGGUACUUUUAUAGCUGGGUUUGAUCUCAAUGAAGAGAUCAAUGCAAAUGGAACAGAAGAUUUUAUUCAGCCAGUUGUUACAACUAUAUCUUCUCAUCGUGUAAUACAUGUGGUGGCAAAAGCUGGGAGACCUAGUGGUCAACCUACUGUUCCUUUGAAGUUUGAAGGAAGGUUGGGUUGGAAGGGCUCUGCUGAAACUAGUGCUUUCCUUCCUGCUGUUCAUUCCAAGUGUUUGGAUAGAAAAACAUGUUCCAGAAAUAAUGAACCAAAAGCUCCCCAAGGUUUCACAGGGAUUGAUCUCAAUAUUGCUGCACUAGAAGAUAGUGCUCCUAAUGGGAUGCCAAUGGAGCAUGAGGGGAUCUUACAAGAUUCUCAGUCAGAAGUUGAUUCAAAACGAUCCAAGAAUCUCUGGAUUGAUCUCAAUUGCCUUUACGAUGCUGCCGAUGAGUUUACUCAACCUUCUCUCCUGCCUGUAUCAGAAAAUCACCACGUGGAAGACUUGAACUUGAAUGUUACAACAUCAGAAGGAUACAGAUCCUACAACUUGCAACGGCUAGGCAAAGGUCUCCAAUCUCUAGGAAACAAGACUUCAGAUUCUGCAAAUCCAGGAAGGCGAGAUUUCAAUUUUACCAGCCACUGUCAGUUGGUCGAUUUGAGUAGUAUGCAGCACGUACCCCAGAAUGCUUAUGCGGCUGUGGCUUCGCCAGAUAUCCUCCAACCAGAAGAAAUGAUGCAAAGAGUAGCUUCUUUGCAACCAAAGUUACCAUUCAUAUCACAUACUUUACCCCCUCACAGUUAUCCUUCCAAGGGUCCAUUUCCUUUUGGUCCUGUAGAUCCCUUACCAUCUAGCAUCCAUAUAUCUGGCACCAUGCCUUAUCCAAGAUAUCCUCACGAACAUGGCGUUUUGCCUGAAGUAUUUAAUCCAGGAACAGCUCACAUGUCUUUGCGCACCCCUCAUUUUCUGCAGGUUGUUCAUGGACAGGGCACCGGCAGUAAUACAGCUUCUACACACAAACUUGAUCUAAAAACUGAGGAGAACUUAUUAUCAACAAAGGGAACCAAGAUGGAUGAGGCUAGACAAUUUUUGUUUCUUGCUAAAAAUUCUUCAAUGGACGAACACCUGCAUCCAGAAGCUUGGUCUUCAGGAUCUAUGAAAAGGAAGGAACCUGAGGGAGGAUUGGAGUUUUACCAACUUGGCCACAAACAGGUGAAUUGAAGUUAUUGAUGACUUUAGUGGCAGCUGAUCUAGUUAUUGUUUCACUUUGCUGCUAGAGUCUACCUAAUUGCCACAGUAGUUCUUCAUCAGCUAUGCAUGGAUCAGCUUUAGACACUUGCUCAACAGGGUUUAGGAGGCUUGAGAUGCCCCAAAUGUUUUCUAGGGAGGAGCACUUCAAAGUUGUCCUUGCUAUUAUCCUUUUGUUCUUCCUCAUAGGCCAGGCUAAUAGACCGCUGAACUUUUGUAUAUGGCAUAGUUUGUUUCUGACAGUAGAUAGAGAACGCAUCGAUACAUUAUUUUUUGAUCUAUUGAAUCGCUAUAACGUCUUUCAGUGUCGA